AUGGCCCAAAACUAUUCUUCGCUUAAUUAUAUCAGAGAAAAUAAUUUUGUCUGGACCAUUAUGAUAAUACUGCUAGCCGUGCACCGAGAAACUGCGACUGGAGGCCACGAAGGGGGUGACCUUGAGACCGAAUAUGCCGCUCUUCAACCCAAUUCUUCCGGGGCUGCAGAAGUUGGUAACCCAGGUACUUCUUCGAAUGUGCCCAGGAAUAGUCCUACAAGAAAAUUGCUCAUCUUCAUCAAGUCUUCUUACCUUGAUGAUUUCCCAUAG